GCAGGGAGUGCGUGCGACUGAGGUCCCCAGACCAGAACUGGAGAGGAGGUUCUGGUGCAGCCUGCGGGGAAGCACCUGCCUCCCUCGCCUUCACCUAACCCGAGCGGGGAUUUCCUCCGUCCCACCUGCGGCCUUUGGAGGAAAGUGAAAGUGAAAGGGGGAAGAGGAGGCUGCGGAGCUGAGAGGAUCGCGACGCCAUGAAGCCUCUGUCUCUGCUCCUCUCUGUAGUAGCUUUGGGCUUGGCGUCCACCGUCUCGGUGGGUCCCGCGGUGAUCGAGUGCUGGUUCGUGGAGGAUGCGGGCCGGGGUCAGCUGUCCAAGAAACCCGCUGCCCUGCUGCUGCGCCAGGGCCCCGGGAGCCCACCUCCUCGGCCGGACCUCGAUCCGGAGCUCUACCUCAAAGUGCAUGACCCUGCGGGAGCCCUCCUAGCCGCCUUCAGGCAGUACCCCCGGGACGCCCCCGCGCCACGCUGCGAGAUGAGCCACUAUAUCCCACUCCCCGCCUCGCCCGACUGGGUCAGCGGCUUGACUCCGGAGCAGAGGUGCCCGCGGGCCCUGGACGGGAAGUGGCUAAUGGUCAGUAUGUCCAGCCCGGUGCUCAGCCUUUCCAGCUUCCUUCAGCCGCAGUCUGAGCCUCAGCCGGAGCCUGCUCUCAUCACCAUGGCAACAGCUGUGCUCACUGUCAUCACCCACACACCCGCCCCUCGCAUCCGACUGGGACAAGAUGCCCUACUGGACUUGAGCUUUGCCUAUGUGCCCCCCACCUCCAAGGCUGCUAUAUCUCUAGCCCCAGGUCCCCCUCCCUUUGGGCUGGAGUGGCGACGCCAGCACCUGGGCAAGGGGCACCUCCUCUUGGCUGCAACUCCGGGGCUGAGUGGGCAGGUGCCAGCUGCCCGAGAGGGGGCAGUAGCCUUUGCUGCUUGGGAUGAUGAUGAGCCCUGGGGGCCGUGGACCGGAAAUGGCAGCUUCUGGCUGCCUGCAGUGCAGCCCUUCCAGGAGGGCACCUAUCUGGCCACUGUACACCUGCCAUACCUGCAAGGGCAGGUCACCAUGGAGCUUGCUGUACAGAAGUCCCCCAAAGUGUCCCUGACACCAGCGCCCGUUGUGUGGGCUGCCCCCGGAGAGGCUCCUCCGGAGUUGCUCUGCCUGGUGUCUCACUUCUACCCCUCCGAUGGCCUGGAGGUGGAGUGGGAGCUCCGGGGUGGCCCACAGGGUCGCUUUCAGAAGGCCGAGGGGCAGAGUUGGCACUCUGCCCUGAGCCACCAUGCAGAUGGCUCUGUCAGCCUGUCUGCACACCUGCAGCUGCCCCCAGUCACCACUGAGCAGCAUGGGGCCCGCUAUGCCUGCAGAGUCCACCACCCGAGCCUGCCGGUCUUGGGGCGCAGGUCUGAGAUCACCCUGCAGGUGGCAGGUCUCUCGGGGCCCUCUCUCGAGGACGGCGUGGGCCUCUUCCUGUCUGCCUUUCUCCUCCUUGGGCUCAUCAAGGCACUGGGCUGGGCUGCUGCCCAUCUGGCCGCUUCCAGGGACUCAACGCAAAAGAAAACUGAGUGAGGUCACUGGCCACCAUGCAGGGGAAGCUGGCUUCGUCUCUCAUCUGAGCUACUGUAGUAAACUUCCCCUAAUUGCACCCACCCUCUGUUACUGCUCCUUCCAACCUCUCUCCACUGAGCAGCCAGAAUGCUUUCUUUUAUUAUUAUUAUUUUUUAAAAUUUAAUUUAAUUUUUGCUUUUUAGGGCCACACCUGUGGCAUAUGGAGGUUCCCAGGCUAGGAGUCAAAUUGGAGCUACAGCUGCCAGCCACAGCCACAGCCACACAGGAUCUGAGCAGUGUCUUCGACCUACAGCACAGCUCAUGGCAAUGCCGGACCCUUAACCCACCCAGCAAUCUCAUGGUUCCUAGUGGGAUUCCUUUCUGCUAAGCCACAACGGGAACUCCCAGAAUGCUUUCUUAAAAGACACCCUCUUAGAGCUCUAUGGCAGAGGUUCUCAAAAGUUUUGGUCUCAGAACCUCUUAAAAUUGAUCAAAGACUCUAUAGAGCUUUUGCUUAAAAACUAAGUAUUUAUUGUGCUAGAAUUUUAAACGGAGAACAAUUGAAUACACAAGCACAGUUCAUUAACUGUGAGGGUGUCGGUAUCACGUAGCUUUAGGAAAACUCCGCUGUAUGUUUUUCAGAGAAUGAGAGUGAAAAGGCAAAUAACAGUUUAGUGUUGUUAGGAAAAUAGUCUAACCUUUGCAUACCCUCUGAAGUAGUCUCAGGGACCUCUGGGACAGGAACCAGUGCUCUAGAGGCCACAUCCAUUUUUGCCCUGCUCUCUGCACCCCUGCGCUCCAGCCACUGCUUACCUCUUCAAGCGCCCUCCGCCCCUUUCCCCCUGUCUCCAGCCCUCCUCUCACUGCUCCUCGCACCGAAGGCGAAUCCUUUCCAACAACAGCCUCCCACCCUCCUUGGACUCCCGAGUUCCGGCCCUGCUGCUUGGUUCACCCUCGCCCUCCCUGGUCAGCCGCAUCAUCGCAUGUUCUCCGACCGUGCCCCUCUUGUGCGGUUGUCCAAGGUUGCAUUGAAGUGAUUGUGCGAGUCGUUGUGAACUGCCCGUCUGUCUCCCCGCCCGGACUGUCGAGGUCGAACCUGUCCACUGCUGCGUCCCCUGCGCGGGCACAGGGCCUGGCGCCCGCUGGAGGCGCUCCACCUAAGAAGUUAGUCGUUUUGCGUCUUAUGUAUUCAAAGCCGGUACUGGAUCCAAUAACUACUGGAGGAAGGAAGCGGCUCUUCGGCUUAGGGGUCUUCGAGGGCAGGACUGUUGGCCAGACCAACGCGGGGAGCGGGCCUGGCGUGUGGGAAUAAAGUUGUCCCGGUGCUUCCAA